CACACCGACACGGUAACCCGCUCAUCAUGGCCGAUAUCGCGCUCGGAUACAGGGACGGGUCCGCCGAUGAGAUUCUGUACGGCGUGACCAACGAAAACGGCUUCGGCAUCGAGAACCUGCCCCGUCGCACCAGCUUCAGGCGACCCCUCGCCACCCACCACACGAACAGCUCGCAGGUGGGGCUCGCCAUGAAUCCCGCGGCCGGGUCCAACGUCAGGGAGAUGCAGCGCAGGAGGGGCAUCAAGCCCACCGACCACCACAGGCAGAACCUCGCCAAGCUCAGGGAGCAGAGCGCCAAGAACCAGGCGCGCAAGCUGAAGGAGGCGGCCGAGAAAGACGCCAUGAUGAAGUCUCACAUCGGCGCCGCCGACCGCGCCGCUCAGAGGGCCCGCGCCGCGUCCUCCAGGCCCGCGUCCGCGGCGCCCCGACCCCCGACGACGGUGUCCAGGGAGGAAUCCGUCUACGGCACCGACUUUGUCCGCCAGAACUCGACCAUGACCGUGGCCGAGGCGGCGGCUAAGGGCAAGGAGCGGGUCGCCGAGAUGCGCAGGGCGCAGGAGGAGACCCGCCGAGCCAACGACUUCAUCGCCAAGAGGGACUACGGGCGGGUGCCGGAUUACCUCGUCGAGCGAAAGCUGGAGCUGGCGGAGCGAGAGCGCGAGAGGCGGGAGAAGGAGGAACUCGCGCACAUCCCGCCGGGGAUGAGGGUCCUGCCCGAGGACGAGAGGCUCAGGACGCUGGAGAUACUGGCGGAGAACAGGCAGGACGUGGAGGAGAAGCUCCUCGCGCUGCCCAUCGCCAAGGAUGGCACGCCCGUCGUGCACCGGAGGAAGGCUGAGCUGGAAGCGCGCCUGGCCGAAAUCGAAGACGCGCAGCGCAUCUUCGGGCGAUCCACCGUCCUAGUUCGAGCGUGAGCCGCGCUUACUGAGACGCGCGUGUAAUAUAUUCAUGGAUGGGACGA